AUGAGCGCAGAAAAGGGCAAAAGUGAUGGGGGGCCACGUCUCCUAUUGGUGGUAAUUCUGGUUAGAAGUGCACCUGUUGCAGUUGGCGCCUUGGUGAACGUGGGACUUCCCAGUCAGAAGCCGUGGUUGACCAGUGCUGCUGCAAGUCACAGCGACAGAACCAGCGGCAAGCAACGCGCUUUUCCAGCGCGUGGAGCCCUUCAAUUGGCCGCUACCCCACGACUCGCGAUGUGCGUUCGUGCUUCCAAGCCUCGACCGGAUGGGGAGGGCUGUGUUGCAAUAGAACUUGGCGUGUACUUUACAAGUUCGGAUUUUCAAAGGGCGGCUAUUCAUUGGUCAUCCAGAGACGGAGGAGUGCAGGUAAGAACGCGUCGGAUUUCAAAGUGGGGGAAUGAGCGAUAUUGCGAGAGAAGUCGUUGGCAAGAAAGCCCGGCCGACGGUGAAGAAUGGAAUAAUUCAGGGACAUUCAAGAAUCUGGCGCAAGGCUGCUGGGAGCUCCGGUGUGAAGUCUCGUCCGAUGCAAUAAUUGCUUGUCUUCAAGAUGGCUCAGUGAUAGCUAUUGAGCCACACGAAGCAGAAAAUCCCAAGAAUCUAUCAACGGCAAAGCUCAAAAUGACUCAGAACUCUUAUGCUGUUGCUCUGGUUGGAGGGCUCACACAAGCCAUUCUAAAGCAGUUAAGCCAGCCCGAAUACUCGCCCGUCUACCCGCAGAUCAUCCAGACCAGAUAUCUUUUCUCUACUUCAUUUUCAGUUCUGGUCAAAGACAGAUGCUCAGCUCAUAUAUAUAGAGACCACCACAGAUACUAUUCAUUGGCACAUCCAAUUACUCCCUGCCAAAGGGAAUUCGGUUCAUGUGAGAUUAUCUUACGGCCCUCGACAAGCUGUGUGGCCCAGAAUCAGUGGAUGGGCCGGUCAAUAGGCUAUUUUCAACUUGACAAUGCGAGAAAUGACCAGACCGAUACAAGUUGCCUCUCCACAGACGGCCUGACGCACCUCUUAGCAUUCACAAGUAUCAAGCCUACCGCCAAAUUAUCAAAAUCGAAGCAAUGUCGUGGUAGGUGA